AUGUGUGUAGUUGGUAGUUGGAAGAGAGACUUGUUUGUCAACAACUACGAGAUUCAGCCAUCUGAUGUGCGUCUUCAGAAGGGUGAUUUUGGAGAAGCAUUCAAAGCAACUGCAAAACAAACAUUUUCAGCUCAACAACUAGAGCAUGGCAUGUCAAGGUGGAGCCACGCGCUCACCAAAGCAGCAAAUUUCUUUGGCUGGGAUGAGAGCAAUUACAGGAGUGAUGCUGAACUAGUGGACAAAAUUGUUAAGAGCGUUCUUAAUUUACCAGUCUUGUCUGCUACUAAAUUUCCAGUUGGAUUACAAUCCCAUGUGGAAGAUGUGAUUCACACUAUCAAAAAUAAUUCCACGGAAGUUUGUAUGAUAGGAAUAUGUGGAAUGGAAGGAUCUGAUGUCCUAAAACCAAAGGUAGAGGUACGUAACAUUGAGAAGGGAAGAAAUAUUCGAGAAAGGCAUUUUCGGAAAAGGGUGCUCAUUGUACUUGACAAUGUGAAUGACCAUUCUCUAUUAAUAAACCUAUCGGAUAGUCUUCUGUGGUUUGAUAAAGGAACUGUAAUAAUAAUUACAACUAAGCAUGAACAACUUUUGAAGACACAUGAUGUUAAUGCUGUUUUUCGGAUAAAUCUAUUGAACGCAAAAGAGUCUCUUGAGCUUCUUAGUUGGCACGCAUUUAGAGAAGCAAAACCAAAAGAAGAAUACCAUGACCUUGCAAAAGCAAUAGUUACUCACUGUGGAGGACUACCUCUGGCUCUUGAAGUCAUUGGAACUUAUUUAUAUGAAAGGACGAAAGAAGAAUGGCAUAGAGUACUGUUCAAAUUAGGGAAAACUCCCCAGCAUGACGUUCUACCAGUAUUGAAAAUAUGUUUCGAAGGUUUACCUAAUCAAAUUGAAAGAAAUUUAUUCCUUGAUAUAUAUUGUUUCUUUGUUGGUAAAGAUAGAGCCUAUGUUACAAAGAUCCUUAAUGGUUGUGGGGUAGACGCUGAUAGUGGAAUAGGAAUUCUCAUAGAACGUAGCCUCAUAAUAGUUAAAAAGAACAACAAGUUUGGAUUGCAUCCUUUGCUAAGAGAAAUGGCAAGAGAAAUUAUUGGCGAAAUUACUUCAGGAAUGGAAGCUAAGAAGACCAGUCGACUAUGGUUUGAUAUGGAUGCAGAUUAUGUACUGUUAGAGCAUAUUCUAUUUUCAUCACAGGAAAAAAAAUUCAUUCAGAGAUUCCCUCCGAAAUGGUUUCCAACUGUAAAAGAUUUCUUCGAACGUGAUUAUUUAGAGGUAAGAGACGCAAUAAGAAGGAUGAAACUCGGUGGACAUUGUGAGUACCGCUCUAAGGAACUGGGAUUGAUUAGGUUGGAAAAGUUUUCUUCAGAAUACCAUCCUAUUGGAUUUCAACAUGAUGCAAUAGCCAUUGAUUUAAAACACCGUCUUCCUCGACUCGUCUGGAAAGAACCCCAGCAAGUACAAGAUAUUUUGGUCGAAUAUGGUGUAAAUAUUACAGAAUCACACACUUCAAAGCAGCACUUCAGGUCUUUUUCGAUCGGUGUUGGAAGAUGGAAAGAAUUCUUCGAUGCUUUCAGUGAUAGAAUUUCCAAGGUAAUUGCAGGAAGUGAAUCUUGUGAAGUUUCUCUUCCUGGUGACAAUGAUCCUAAUUGUUUGGCCCAUAUGGGUGAGGGAUAUUCUGUUUCUUUCACUGUGCCUCGGGAUCGUGACAUAAAGGGAAUGGCUUUGUGUAUAGUUUAUUUAUCAAACCCUGAAAUUGUGGCAACCGAAGGUCUUAGAAGUGUCUUAAUUGUUAAUUAUACAAAGUGCACAUUGCAUAUACACAACCAUGGCACGGUAAUUUUCUUUAACGAUAAAGAUUGGGAGGGUAUAAUAUCAAAUUUAGGAUCAGGAGACAAGGUUGAGAUUUUCGUGAUUUUUGGUGAUGGAUUGGUAGUGAGGAGAACAAUUGUGUAUCUUAUAUUUGGUGAAUCAAAUGACUUAGAAAAGGAGUCUCCGUCAAAGAAAAAUUCCCUAAUUAGAUUUAUGAAAAAAUUGUAA